AUGCCCUCAGAUAUUAGAAGCUUUUUUGGUGGAAAGCCAGCUCAGAGCUCCCCUGAUGCACCAAAGUCUGCGAAGAAAGAGACUCCUUCUACUGCUAGAAAACAACCAGGCAGCAGAAAGGUGGUAGAGGAUAGCGACGACGAUGAGGAAGUUGCUCCAGUCAAAAAAUCAACCCCAAAGGCAAAGCCAAAGACUCAACCAAAGCCCGAAGAAACAAAAACAGAACCCACUACUACCUCGGAUUACUUCGCAAACUCCAGCAAGAAACGCGGUCGGCCAUCCAAGAACGAACCCGCCGACCAGUCACCUGCCGAAAUCGAAAUUCCAGCCGUGAAGAAAGACGCUGAUAAACGAUCUCCUGCAAAAUCUCCGGCCAAGCCUGCAGCCAAGGGAAAGGCUACGGCAAAAACUCCCACAGAGGCUCCAUCAAAGGCUCCAGCAAAAGCUUCCAAGAGAGCAGCAUCCAAGAAGGCCGUAAUCGUCGACAGUGAUGACUCUGACGAAGCUAUUAGCGAUGACGAUGAUGACUUUGACGGAGGUGACAGCAAUGACGAUGACGAUGACGACUUCGAAGCUGCCGACAGCGAGGAAGACGAAAUCCAAGAACCCGGUUCUGAUGAUGAAGACGACCUGGAAAUAGUCGAAGUCAAACCAGCAUCUUCAUCUAGACGGUCACAGAAGAAGACAGCUGUUGUUGAUGGAGAUGAUGAUGUCGUGAUGGAUGAGCUACCUUCACCACCACCCAAGACAACUCGACCCAGCCGAAAGCGCAAGUCGGAGGCUGUAGAUGAAGACAUUCCGUCACGUUCCAAGGCCCAGAAGAAAUCUACUUCUCCCGUUGCCAAGCGACAAAAGGCCGCCCCGAAAAGCAAAAAGGAGGAAGACGUACCUGAGAACAAGGAGAUUCAAGCCAUCUUUGACAGUAUUCCGACUAUUGAGGCCCCGCCACCACCUGGAGCUACCGGUGAGAAGGUCAAAUGGCAAUUUGGCCAACAGCGCAAUCGCACGCCACCAGCGGGUGGAUCUAAAGACAUCCCUGUCGGUGCUGAAAACUGCCUGGCGGGAUUGUCUUUCGUGUUCACCGGUGUCCAAGAGACCAUCGGUCGUGAAGAAGGCCAGGAGCUCGUCAAACGCUAUGGUGGGAGAGUUACUGGUGCCCCUAGCUCCAAAACCAGCUACGUUGUCCUAGGUAGUGAAGCGGGUCCUUCGAAGCUCAAUACUAUUGCUAAGCAUAAACUCAAAACAAUUAACGAGGAUGGUCUUUUCGAGCUGAUCCGCCGUUUGCCUGCCAAUGGAGGUUCUGGAAAAGCCGCUGCAAACUACGAGGCGAAACAGAAAGCAGACGAAGAGAAGAUGCGAAAGAUGGCAGAGGAGAUGGACGCUGAGGAAAAGAGAAAGAAGGAGGAAGCACAGAAGAAACAGGCGAAACAGACUUCGACUCAAGCUUCGCAACCAUCUCAAGCCUCACCGGCUGCCCCUUUUAACGAUCAGCUUUGGACCACCAAGUAUGCCCCGACAUCUACAAGCAUGAUCUGUGGAAACAAGGCUGCAGUUGAGAAGAUUCAAAAUUGGUUGCGUGACUGGCACAAGCAUGCAAAGGCGAACUUCAAGCACGGUGGAAAGGAUGGCAGUGGAACUUAUCGCACGAUCAUGAUUCAUGGCCCACCAGGUAUCGGUAAAACUACAGCCGCUCAUCUGGUGGCCCAACUGGAAGGAUACGACGUUGUCGAAUCCAAUGCCAGUGAUACCAGAAGCAAGAAGUUGGUUGAGACUGGUACUCUUGGAGUUCUUGAUACUACAUCUCUCCAAGGUUACUUUGCCGGAGUAGGCCAACAAGUCGACAGCAAGAAGAAGAAUGUUUGCCUGAUCAUGGACGAGGUUGAUGGUAUGUCCGCGGGUGAUCGUGGUGGAGUCGGUGCAUUGGCAGCUAUUGCGAAGAAGACUAGCGUGCCACUGAUUUUGAUCUGUAACGAACGUCGCCUGCCCAAGAUGAAGCCUUUCGACCAUGUCACAUUCGAUGUGCCCUUCAGACGUCCUACGGUUGAACAGAUCCGAGCUAGACUUCGCACUAUCUGCUUCCGAGAAAAGAUCAACAUUCCGCCUCCUGUUCUGGACAGCCUCAUCGAAGGAACGCAUGCCGAUAUUCGUCAGGUUAUCAACAUGCUUUCUACUGCCAAGUUAGACCAGGAGAGCCUUGAUUUCGACCAGGGAAAGCAGAUGUCAAAGGCAUGGGAAAAGCACAUCAUUCUGAAGCCUUGGGACAUUGUCAGCAAGAUCCUCAGUGCCCAGAUGUUCUCUCCAAGCUCCACAUCUUCCUUGAACGACAAAAUUGAGCUCUAUUUCAAUGAUCAUGAAUUUAGCUAUCUGAUGCUACAGGAGAAUUAUCUUAAGACUCGACCGACCCUUGCAGGAAGUUAUCGUGACAGAGAGCAGAACCUGAAGCUCCUUGAACUAGCAGACAAUGCUGCUUCAAGUAUCAGUGAGGGCGACCUGGUCGAUCGCAUGAUUCAUGGAACCCAGCAGCAAUGGUCACUCAUGCCUACCCAUGCCGUCUUCAGUUUCGUUCGACCAGCCAGCUUCCAAUACGGAAAUAUGACUGAAAGAGCAUCUUUCGCUGGCUGGCUUGGCCAGAACAGUAAACAAGGAAAAUUGACACGCUUUGUUAAGGAAAUCCAAGGUCACAUGCGCCUUCGGACUUCUGGCAACCGAGACGAGAUCCGCCAACAGUACAUGCCUCUUCUUUGGGACAAAUCCGUUCGUCGCCUCAUGGAUGAAGGCAAAGAGUGUGUCGACGAUGUCAUUGAUUUUAUGGAUUCCUACUUCCUCACGCGCGAUGACUUCGACGCGAUGAUGGAAUUGGGACUUGGACCAAUGGAUCAAUCAAAGGUCAAAUUGGAGACACAGACUAAAGCCACAUUCACACGUCUCUACAACUCACGCUCGCACCCCUUGCCUUUUAUGAAGGCUAGUCAAGUUGUCGCGCCGAAGAAGGGACCAAAGGAGAAGCCCGACAUUGAGGAUGCAAUCGAAGAAUCAGACGAAGAGGAAGUCGUUGAGGAGGCUGCUGCUGAUGAUGAAGAGGAGCUUGAUCUUAAGAAGGACAAGUACGUCAGCCAGCCGAAGAAGAAAGCUGCAAAGGGCGCAGCUGCGAAGGGUAAAAAGGCAAAGAAAGCAACCACCGAGGAUGAUUUCAUUGAUGAUGGUGACGAGAAGCCUAAGAAAGGCCGCAAACCCAAGGCUAAGGCCUAA